CAGUAAAUUCCCGGUAUUCCAUUCUUCAGUACAGUUCAGGUCUCGAGCAUUGCUGGUAAUCUUUUCCGGGCACAUCAAGCGCGCUAGCACGAAAAAUGUCAAUCCAAACGCUGGAAAAAUGUGAGAAGUACUUCGGUACGAAGGAUAUCUAUAAAUUGUUCGGUAUCGAGAAAAGCGAGACAAUUCCAGACAUCAGAAAAGCGUACUAUCGACUCUUGCUGCAGGACCAUCCUGACGCGGCUUCCGAAAGCGACAAGCCAGUGGCGGUCGAGAAAGCGAAACUGCUCGCCACACUGUACAACAUCCUCGGCGAUCCGGAUGCGCUCGCUCAAUACAACGAGCAUGGCGUCAUCGAUGCGGAAACCGAAGCUGCUGUAAAUGGGAAGUACAACGGGCUGUUUCGCAAACCAGUAAUGGCGGAAGAUAUCGACAUCUACCAUGAGUGCUACAAAGGGUCUCGGAAGGAGAGGGCCGAUAUCAAGGAGGACUACCUGAAAGGAAAGGGUUGCAUAACCUACAUGAUGAAGCAUCUGCAAUUCAUAAACUGUGAAGACGAACCGCGGCUUAUCGCAAUAGUGCAAGCAAUGAUCGAUUCGAAGGAGGUACCGGAGUACGAGACUUUUACGAAGGAACCGGCAGAGAAGCGCAACCGUCGGCACAAGCGGUUGGCCCGUGAAGCUGCAAUGGCCCAGCAGCUGCGGAAGAAAGAUCAGCGAGGUCUGGAUCGGGCCACAUACGAGCAAAAGCUGGUAACCGAGCGACAGGCUGCGUUCGUCGAGAUGAUUAACUCCAUGGAGGCAAGAUACCAGGACGCCCAGAAAGAAACGGAAGUUAGCUUGGAUGCUCUGUAAGAACGGGCUUUUGUAGUAGGAAAGUUAAAAAAGCGUUGAAUUACUGAAUUUAAGAUUGACAACACUAACAAGCAUCAGCUUCUUUCGCAUAGGCAGCAGGUGCAUUAGGGAGAAUUUGAUCUUUUUUUUUUCUUAGUUUCCACGAUUUCUUAUCAACUUUUUGACUCGAUUGCAUGAAGUAUUUCUCAAAUGGAAGUAAAUAAAAACGCAAACCUUU